UCCUCCCGGCCUUUGGGAGGAGGAGGGCUGUGCCAGGGAGCUCGGCUGGAGUUACCGUGUUUUUAAAGUUAAAAUAGCCCAAGCUUUAAUUAAUAAAUCGCCCCCGUGGCGCAGCUGCUCCGGUGCUUGACCCUCACAGCAGAGCCCGACAGACUGAGGUCAUUGCUGGCUCUGCCAGUGAACAAAGUGAAACAAAAUGUUAAUAUCACGGCUGAGUUCUCAGUUACUGAAGGCUUCAAGAAUUGCAGGCCACCUCUUGCCCAGGUCAGUGUCCUCCUUCCUGUGCUGCCGCUCUCCAUCUGCACACUACAGCACCCAGCCCCCCAACACGAGCGGGGCCCAGCCCCAGCAAUGGCACACGCUGGACCCUGAGCUGGAGGAGAUCCUGAUUCCCAGGAAACUUUCCAUCAGCCCCUUGGAGAGCUGGCUCACAGUGAGGUACUCCCUCCCCAAAGCUGAGCAGGCUCAGGAAGAAGCGAGCCAUGAAAUCCCCCAGGCCUCAGAGUGUCCCCCUGCUGCUGGGCCAGGGGAUGUGGAGGAAGGAGAGGGAACUCCGAGUGACAAAGUGCAGUGCAGGAAUGUGCUGAAGAUCCGAAGGAGGAAGAUGAACAGGCACAAGUACAGGAAACUGCUCAAGAGGAGGAGGUUCAUCCGCAGGAGGAUAAAGGAGGGACGCAAGAAGAAGCGUCAGGUAAAAUUUGAGAAAGAUUUGGAGCGUGUCUGGAAAAAAGCUGGCUUGAAAACUGCUCCUGCAGGGUGGCAAACCCCCAAGAUAUUCCUGAGGAGUUCCAAGAGAUAAAAAAAAAAAAAAAAGCACCUGUCACAAAUUUUAACUUGCAAUUGUAAUUAAAAAAAAAGAAUAUUUAAGUAUGUCCAUGACAUUUAACCUUUCUCUGAUUGUGAUGAAAAUAAUAGGAAGGAGUUUUCCAAGGACAAGCUGGCAGCUUUUCCUCCCCAAAGGAGAACUGUGAGUUUUUUUCUGGUGUCCUGUGGUCAUUGCUGAAUUUUUGAAAUCUCUCCUUGAGAUGAGACUGAACCUAAAAAAAAAAAAAAAAAAAAAUCAAGUGUGUGAGAUGGGAUCAGUGAAAGAAUUCCUGUUGUUUAUAUGGCACAAACUUUGGAAAAAUUUACAUUCUUUCACAGCCUCACUGCAGAAAAGUUGGGGUUUUCCUAAGAGUUGUGUUGGGAUGGGAAUUGGAUCAGAAUUCCUUGGGAUUUACCUGCAGGAGUUUUUGUUGUGUCUUACCUGGAGCCUUGGUGUGCCUUGGGCAUUGUGUGUGCAUCUUUAAAAGGCACUUUGAUUUUUGUGUUCUAUUUUGUGCUAAUAAAAAAAAAAAAAAAAAAGGUUAUUUUUGUCUUUGACUGAUCCCUGUCGUGGAGAACAUCCAGAUAAUUGGUCAAAGUAGAAACUCAGAGCUAAUUAUUCAUUAACUGCAAAAAUUUUUGUGCCUGGGACAAAGCUGAUACAAUCAGCUGGUUUUGCAUGGUUGAAGGGAGUUGUGAAAGCUGUGAAAAAUAAACCCUGAGAGGGGACUUUUAAUCUGG